UUUCACUUUUGCUCUUGUAGGCCUACUUGAUCUAGAGUCUAGAGUCAAAAUCUAUAACAACGUUUAUGAUGACCAAAUCAUUCUGUCCAUUCAUCGUCUUUGUGUUAAAUGGAUCUGACUGAAAGUGAAGGUUCUAGAAGUGAAAGUUGUGCAGUGGAACACCGACAAGAGGAAGAUGCUGAAGACAGGGUUCUCUUCAAUCCCCCUUUGUAUCAUCAACGAUAUAUGUUUGCCGUUCGGCACCUGACAUGUCAUGAGGUGAAAAGUGUGGUGGACAUGGGCUGCUCUGAUGGCAGCUUCUUCAAAGUCCUGGCCAUGGUCCCCACCCUGGAGCAGGCAGCCUUGCUGGAUGUUGAUCAUGCAUUGUUGGAGUCGAAGAAAAGAGUCAUCAACCCCGAGCUGAGACAUUUCAUCCAUCGGCGCAGCGUCCCGCUGACCGUUUCGUUAUACUCUGGCAGUGCUGGAGAUUUUGACUCAAGGCUGUGUGGCUUGGAUGCCGUUACUCUUAUUGAAGUAAUUGAGCACCUGCAUCCAGAUACUUUGGAGCAGGUUACUGCUAAUGUUUUUGGAAACAUGCGGCCCAAGUUUUGUAUAGUAACGACACCCAACUCAGAGUUCAACAUUUUAUUCGGUAACGAGGACCCGAAGCAGUUUAGGCACUGGGAUCACAAGUUUGAGUGGACGAGACAGGAGUUUCAGCUGUGGUGUCACGAAGUCUGCGUCAAGUUUGGCUACUCAGUGGAGUACAGCGGAGUCGGGUACCCCUUCUCCGACCCACACAGCCUCUCUCUGGGGCCAUGCAGUCAGGCAGCCAUCUUUUCUUCUCAGCACGAUGAAAAAGCCCAAGCUGUGCAUAGGCAAAAUCUGCCCAACACUGAAUGUUACACACUGAUUGCCACAUGCGAAUUUCCCUUCAGAAAAGAUGAGAGGUCACUAGAGGAGAAGAUCGAUGACCAAGUGCAGUACUGUUUGAAUUCCAUGAUUUCCUUCAGGAGGAAAGAGGUUGCUUAUGGGGAGGAGAUUACUAUUGCUGUCAGUGCGGUUGCCGACUUUUCUUGUGUGAAAAGUUUGUGUGGCAUUGAAACUGUGAGGGAAAGUCUUCUUCGAGGUGGAUAUCAUCUGUCUGAAGACAAAGAGUUUGUUGUUCAUUUGGAAGAUGAAUCUGACCUCAGUGAUAACGGUUCUGAUGAUCCCUCCUCUGGAUAUCACGAUGUUUGUUUAGCAGAGACUGAGACCUCAGCCCAGGACAGUUUGCUUACCGAAAAUUCUGGAUUGUUUGCUACUGAAAAUGUUUUCUCAAAUGACAGUGGCUGUGGGACACAGGACACAUGGACUCCAAAUAUGUCCAGUUUGUCUAAAGCUUCUUCUUCCGGUAAUCAAGAUGAUUGGGACUUAGAAAUUGCUCUUGAUGAGGAAAGACUCGAAAUAGCUAAGAACUCUGUGGUAGGAGACCUCAGUGUAACAGAUAGAUCUAGUUCUGUCACUGACUGAAGCUCUUUCAUGAUGUGUUUACUUCCUCCUGCUCACAUCAACUCUACUGUGAUGACGUUUGGCUCAAUGAUGCUCUGUUGCUGACUUCAGGUAUCAUGCAUCUCUUGCCUCUUGACUGGUACUGUAACAUAUCAUAAUCAAGCAUUAACUCUCUCCCUCAGAAUGUUCUCAGGCGAUGGUGAAAUUCAUAGACUGUUGAACAAUGAUGAGAUGGGAUGGUGAAGUUCAUAACAACAAGAUGAUGAUGAAAUGAGAUGUUCGCAUGUGAUGUUGAUGUUCAUAGACUGUUGAACAAUGAUGAGAUGGGAUGGGGCUGUUCAUAGACUGUUGAACAAUGAUGAGAUUUGAUGGGGAUGUUCAUAGACUGUUGAACAAUGAUGAGAUGGGAUGGGGAUGUUCAUAGACUGUUGAACAAUGAUGAGAUGGGAUGGGGAUGUUCAUAGACUGUUGAACAAUGAUGAGAUAUGAUGGGAAUGUUCAUAGACUGUUGAACAAUGAUGAAAUGGGAUGUUCACAUGCCAUGAAGGAGAAAGGUAGCUAAACUGAAGAGUGAAUACAAUCUGGCUUAUUCUAGCCCUUUCAUCCCUCCAGAAUAGCUACUAUGUGACACAACUGUCAAUUUAUGGAGCUGUUUUUUAAAACAUUUGAUAUGUUUGUAUUGCACAAAUGACUAUGAGCGGAUGUGUUUGAGAUGCUGUGUUGCAAAAUAGAACAGCUCUGUAUCAAUUCAUCAGUCAAAUAGAUUUAUUUUGGUGCUUUGCA